UGAGUUCCCUUCCACCCCAAGCCAUUCUAUGAUUUCUGAAACCAUUGAGGACAUAAAAAUAAAACCACUGAUACUGGAACAUUUUAAUCUUAAGCGUUUAAAUGUUCAAAAAUGUAUAGAGGGGUUUUUGCUUACAUAUUCAACAUCUUAAGUCUGUUUUAAUGGCAGUUAUUAGUUUAAUAAAACUUAUCAUCUUCCUUCAAUUGUAUGUCAGUAUCGUUAAGGUUUGUCUGUCAUGGAAUCAUUAGGAACUUUUAACAGUUUUGUGAUAUGAAUGUUAGAAAACUUCCAUGCCUAUGAAAUGACAUCCUACAUAAAUAUCUUGCUCACACUGUAAAGAAUAUUUAAUAGAAAUAAAGACAUAGUAAGAUUGGUGCUUAUUUUGUGUCUUCUUUAUGAAAAUAAGAAAUCAUGAUUAAAUUAGAGGUUGUCAAUGCUCUGGUUUAAUUUAAAGGAGAUGUUGCAGUGAGCUUCUCCAGAAGUAAGAGAGCCACCACAAGCUUGUGGGGAUAUUCCAGAGGCUGCAGUGGCGGAGAUACAGGGCUGGGUGCAGCACAUGGGCAGAGAUGUUGUUCAUUCACAGGGAGUGCUGAGGAAAUGGGGAGGGUGGGCUUCUGCUUUAUUAAUAAAAUUGUGUUUGAAAAAGUAAUUAAGUAUCAUUAGGUAGGAAAGUUGUAUCAGAAUCAGUUCCAGCUGUAUAACUGCUGAUACACGCCCUCUGGUCUUCAAGGGUUCUUCAGUUGUCUUUCUAAUGUGCUCCUCUUGGCACUACAGCAAGUCAGAUACCAUGCUAUCAUUUGGAUAGUAGGAGUCUUAGAUGUUAUGAUGACAGUUUAUUUGGUAUAUCUUGAAUGGAAAAAUAAUUCUCUGUCCUGUGAUAAAAAUAGACAUAUGUGAGGAAUUCACGUGCUAGGAUACAUAAGCAAAGACCAUGGAAGUCCUUCAGUUUGCACUGUUAAGAAGAAGAAAUAGCAAAAGAGUCAUCCUUUACUGUGUGGACAAUUGGGAAUGAAUGAGAGUGAUGGGGAGUAUUUUUGCUUCCCUAUGCUCUAAUUCCUCAGGAGUCUCAGAGCAAUUAGGGAAGGAAGCUUUCCUUUUCCUCACAUUUUGUUUUCCUUUUAUCAGAAUUUCUAGUCCCCAUAAUUCUUUUCUACUGUAUGGAGCUGAUAAAGCAGCAUCACAUUGCAGUGUGAAAUGGGUAAGAGAAACUGAGAUGCUGCAGAAGUUUCUUGAUUUGGAGAACCUUUUAACAGUUGGAAGAAUGAGGUUUUAUGCCUGUGAGGAUUACCUUCUGCAAUGCCAAGAGCUACCUGCAGCCAGGGUACCUAGCAUGCUGAGGUGGCAUCAUUUUAUGACUAGAUUGGAAUAGAAUUCUUUCUUGUUGUUAAGAAGCAUGACGGUAAAUAGGCAAUUACACAAGCCAUGAACGUGAGCCAUGAUGAUGUGUGCAUCCCCAGAAAUGUGCUGGUGCAAACCCAAAGGGUGUAGGCAGAUUUAAGGAGCUGGAGUUCUUGACAAGACCCAUCUGCUUUCACUGUUGUGCCUUGAGAAAUGUGUAUUGCCUUAUACGUCCUUAGUAUCUAUUUUGUAAGUUACUGCGUAUGCAAUUGCAGCAUGCAAAGUGGCACCAUUUUUUAUAUAUGUAAUGGUUUUUUCGUAUUUAGUACCAGCAAAUAAGAGAAUUUCCAGAAUCCCUUUAAAACACAGAAAGCAGUGUGCUCAAUGAGUGUGAACUGCUAAAGGGGCACACAUCUUCUCAUGAGAUGGUCUGUUGUUCACAGUACAGUGUGACACUGUGGCCAUGCUUGGAAGAUAAAACCUGUGAUACAAAUAUGUUGUAUGCCUUCUUAUCAAAUGGAAUGAUAUGAAAACAGGAUGCUGUGGAGAAGUAAUGGAACAACAAAGCAGUACAUACAGCACUGAAGAUAUCUUGCUGAAUAAAGCCCAUAUCUUAUAGAACUGUAGAAUCAUUAAGGUUGGAGGAGACCGCUGAGAUCAUCUAGUCCAAAUGUCGACCCAUCACCACCAGUAUAUACAUCCAAGAUUCAGUGUGCAAAUAAAGGUUAAUGGUAGAUUGAAGCCUCAAUUUCUGGAAAAAAAAAAAAUCACCUUAGCAGUGGAUUUUGAUUUUAUUUUAAUUUUCAGUUUCUUAAAGUGUACGGUGCACUCUUCUUAAAAUUUCAUCUCAUCUUCAUCCAGAUUAAUAUAUAAAUAACUUUAUUGUAUCACCAAACAAUAAAGGGAAAAAAGUGACACAAAGUAAAUCUCAUUUUACUGCAGCAGAAAAUUGGUUUUGUGGCUUUUUUUAGGGCUCUUCUCCCAAAGAAAUUGACAACAUAGCUGUUGUGUAAUAAUCGUUGAGCUGUAUUUGUGUAGUGUAACUCCCCGAGGCAGGUAUUAUACUCCUGAACAGGAACAUAAUCUUUCUAAAAGUACAAUAUUUCUAAAUAAUGGCUGUACUUUGUACGUACAGAAGAUAGAGGAAAUGAAAGUCACCUCGCUGCUGAGUAAGGACUGCAUUCUCAUGGAGUGCGUUUUUAAUAAACCUGUGUGCAUCAACUUCACAUUGAUUUGUUUGUCUUAAUUUUACUUAACGUCUCUUUGUAGGCAGGUCGAUGGAGAUAAGUAACAACUGCAGCAAAGGUAGAAUGAAGCCCUGCUGGCAAGUUGUCAUAUGUACUCUGUGUUUUACUUUGUCAUUUUUAUUUGAAUCUGUAAUCACAUACAUGUAUAUAUACAUACCCUUUAUGUAUGCUGAUGUUUGUAGAUCUGAAUGUAUGCACAGGUCUUUGUUUCUUACUGGCUGGCAUGCAAAGUGAGAGCUGCUGAAUGCAGGGCUCAUUUAUGCUUGAAUGAACAAGGUUGUAUUUUACUUCAUAAUAAAAACCUAAGCCUUUAAGUGACAAAACAAGUGGCCAUUUGUUCUGGUUUCAUAGUUAACUGUCGUCUUUAUAUUGAUAACAUGAUUUUAAAGCUGGUCUGCAAGAAGUAUAAAAAUGAAAAAACAAACGGAUAACAGUAAAGUGCAGGCUCCACAAUGCCUUGUUGUUGUCUCCAUCCUUUAACAGGUGAGCUGCACCCUGUUCUUGCCUCCUCUGAGGUAUGUGGGAGGACAAAACAUGCAAGUUCAGAUCUCUAUCAUUUUCUUCUCUCAUAUGUUUCGGAGUAGGCUUUGUAGUUGUAAUUGCUCUCAGUUGUCUUUUGGAAGAAAGCAACAUGACUGCAAUGUCCUCUCACUCCUCUGCCCAACCUUUUCUUGGCAUCUUUCACCUGGGCUGCAUUUCUUCAGUACUUCCUCCAUUCUGCCCUUGAUGUCUCAUACACGAGGUCUUGCAGCUUGCCUGUUUCUGGAGUUUCGGGAAAGGCUUUGGAAGCAAGGACUGCUUUCUUCUUUUUACGUCAUAUUUUUUGAGUGAUUAGAUCUGUCAACCAAGAUACUACGGGUUCUUUGCUGCAGCUGUUUCUGGAUGAAAGAAACAGGCUCUUCAGAUUUGUGAUGGUAAAGUAGACCCUUUAGACACAAAAAAAUGGAUAAUCCCCAUUUAUUUGGCAGUGACCUAUGUUCAGAAGAUUCUGCAGAGUGGGAAAUGACUUUUUGCAAGUAGCUCAGUAAGCUGAGAAAAGUGAAAAGGAGUACCAGAAUUACAGAAGGUGAAUAGUGUGUGAAGAAGGGAAUAAGACAAAAAUGAGAGAAAUUUCUUCUUGGGGUACACAGGUCUUGGACAGCUGAGGACAGAGAGCCCUUCAAGGCUUCAUGAACAGGCAUAUCAUUGUAGGCUGGGACUCCUAACUCAGUAUUUCAUCUCUUACCAGUGACUAAAUGAUAUAAUGCCUCACUGCUUCCUAGAGUAUCUUCUCAGCUCUUUCAGAGCUGGUUUUCAUAAACUGUGGAUGGUGUCUGUAUUGACUGGCCCUUAGCAUUUUGUGUGUCUGUGAACUGACCUGGAAAACUGUACAUAUGCACUAUACACGGAUAAAUGUUGGUUCAGAAAUGUAGAUACCAACUUCAUCUCACUUUCAGAAAUGUUGGAGUUACUUUCGUUUCAGCUCUUACGCACUCAGCAGAACUGGGAACACGAGUACUUUUUUCUGUGUGGGAAACAAAGAUAAUCUGGUGUAAGAGCCAAACUGUGCUGUAGCCAUCAUUUCAGAUGGCCUUUGCACAAGGUUUCUGUUGUGCACCUGGUACAUCAGUGGGACUCACUCUGCUGGAAUGAGAUAAUGGUGUCCUCAACCCACUGAAGGAGAAGGAGUAUUUGUUCGCACUGAUGAUGAUUUGAUGCAAUUAACAUUUUCUUAACCAUGAUGGCAACACAGACAUUAAGUAUAGACAACUAUCAAGAUGGACAACCAAUGCAAGUAGUAACAGAGUUAAAAACUGAACAAGAUCCAAACUGCUCUGAAACUGAUGCAGAAGGGGUGAGUCCUGCCCCUGUAGAAUCUCAAACUCCAAUGGAUGCAGACAAGCAGGCCAUUUACAGACACCCAUUAUUUCCGUUGUUAGCACUGUUAUUUGAAAAAUGUGAACAAUCUACACAAGGAUCGGAAGGCACGACUUCUGCAAGUUUUGAUGUAGAUAUUGAAAAUUUUGUAAGGAAGCAGGAAAAAGAAGGAAAACCCUUCUUCUGUGAAGAUCCAGAAACUGAUAAUCUGAUGGUAAAAGCAAUCCAAGUUCUUCGUAUUCAUCUGCUUGAGCUAGAAAAGGUUAAUGAGCUUUGCAAGGACUUCUGUAGUCGCUACAUUGCCUGCCUGAAGACAAAAAUGAACAGUGAAACUCUAUUAAGUGGAGAGCCUGGAAGUCCUUAUUCACCCGUGCAAUCUCAGCAAAUGCCAAGUGCCAUUGCAGGCACACUCAGUCCCCAAGGGAUUAUGGUGCCAGCAUCAGCAUUGCAGCAGGGAAACGUAACUAUGGCAACAGUAGCAGGAGGGACAGUGUAUCAGCCUGUUACUGUGGUCACUCCACAAGGCCAAGUGGUGACGCAAGCAUUGUCACCUGGGACUAUUCGAAUCCAGAAUUCUCAGCUUCAGUUGCAAUUAAACCAAGAUCUAGGCAUCUUGCAUCAAGAUGAUGGCUCAUCAAAAAAUAAAAGAGGAGUUCUUCCCAAGCACGCUACAAACGUGAUGAGAUCUUGGCUAUUUCAGCACAUAGGGCAUCCAUAUCCAACAGAGGAUGAGAAGAAACAGAUUGCAGCACAAACAAAUCUUACACUACUCCAAGUUAACAAUUGGUUUAUCAAUGCUAGAAGACGAAUUCUUCAGCCAAUGCUGGAUUCCAGUUGUUCUGAAACUCCAAAAACAAAGAAGAAAACAGCUCAGAACAGACCGGUUCAGAGGUUCUGGCCUGACUCCAUUGCAUCAGGAGUUGCUCAGCAGCAAUCUAAUGAGCUCACUAUGUCAGAUGGUGCUGUUGUAACAAUUACAGCCCCGGUAAACAUGAAUGUAGACAGUCUCCAGUCCUUGUCAUCCGAUGGUGCUACACUGGCCGUUCAGCAAGUUAUGAUGGCGGGGCAAAGUGAGGAUGAGUCCGUAGACAGCGGUGAAGACGAUGGAGGAGAUCUCUCAACGACAAAUAUCAGUGGGCUGGUUUUGGAUAACAGCGAUUCUCUGCAGUAGGAAGCAUGAGAGUGUGACACAACGUUUAGGAAAAAGAAUGGACUGACUGACUGUUUUUAUAGUUUGCACAGCAAACAUUUUACACAAGUUUUAUUUCUAAUAUGUUUUAUAUGUAGAUAUAGAAGGGUGCACUUUUUUGUAUUUCAUAGUAAGCUUAAAGAGUGUUUUUGCAGGUGCAGCAACUUCUUUCAAAUGUGGUUGUUCUGUUUUUUUUCCAUUUCAUUUUCUUAUUUCAGAAAAUAUUAUCUAGUAAUAUAAAGAACCACGUAAGCACCCCUUUAUUCUCUGAAUUGGAAGUGCUGCCAUUUCUAAAGAAUUAUGCAGUUUCAAUUAGUGCUGUUAUUUAACACAGCUCUUGAUGGGCAGGUGAUGUAAAUUUAAAGCAUGUGAGGAACUUGAUCGUUAAGUUUGAUGCGUAUAUUUGAAAGAUGCUUCUGCACCUUAAAAACUGCUAGUCUGAGGUGGACAGCAACACACACACAAAGAAAAAGGCCAUGUGUGAUUCAGUAGCGAAUGUAUGGCAACUUCAAUGAGUUUAGUUUCUCUCGUAGUCCAUGAGCCUGUUUAUCAUUUGCUAUAAAAACUCCUAUUUUUACCUUACCGGGAUUAUUGGAUAAAAAAAAAAUAUUUUUAUAAAUUCAUGAGGAAUUGGGAUGACAACUGUAUUAUGCAGGAGUUUAAAGAAAAAAAAAAAUUUCCAGAGGGGAAAAAUAAAUGUUUAGUAUUCCUAUUUGGAAGGUCUGAAAACUGACCAAAUUUAAUAAACGAGCCUACGGUAGCACUCUAUGAUUCUCAGCUAUCCUACAGUGAUAGAGUAAACGUAUAUUUGAUAAUAGCAUAAGAAGGGCCCACUGUUUGAUGGGGUUUUGAUAUUGUCAAACGUUGAUUUAUAUUAUGUGUAAUAUUCAAAUUCCAUUAACUCUGCAUCUAGACUUGUAUACGAAGAUAUUUGCUCAAUGACUGUUCAGGUAAGUAAAUUCAAAUACCCACAACAUUUCCAGUUAUUGGAGAAAUUUAAGAGUUUAUAGUUUGUAGACCCGAUUCUGAAAAGUUAAAAGUUGUGUACUGCAUCAUUAUGAAUUUUGCUAUCACUCCAUUGUAUUGAAAAUAUUUUCCCCCACUACAAAAAGAAGUAAUUUAUGGGUUUAUAUAAAAUUUCCUCAAAUCCGAAGGUCGCCACCAGAGUAUACAGCAGGCUUUAUUACAGUAGAAGAUCCUUGUAUGUCAUUUAAAAACGAAAACCUAGCGAUGAAAAUAUGUUUUGUGGUAACAAUUAAUUUCGCCUUGUCCCUCUCUUCUCCCCCCCCCCUCCGAAGUUUGGAGUCUCUAUUUAUCCGUGAACACUUACUUUUGGAACUUUGUGUUUCGAAUAAGACUCCAGGAGUCACGGUAUGCUCAAUGUUCUCAUUUUAACCCUGUCCCUUUGUCCCUAUGUUGGGUUGGAUCAAAGCCAGUAAUCUUUUCUCAUUAAAACCAAAUCUAGUUGCAUUUCUAACAUGACAGGGAAGAGGAUUUUAGCUUGCAGAAUCUUCAUCGUGUUUGAGCAGAACUCUGCAAAUAUUUGAGAACUUUAUUUCUGCUUUCCAAAAUACUCAGGCAUGUGCUUUAAGUCCCAUUGAUUUCUGUGGGAUUAAAGCCUGUACUUUUUUUUAUAUGCUUAAAUGCUUGGAAGUAGGUCUUUAAAGACUGCAUUACAAGGCUAGUUUAAAUUGGUAUGAAAAAAAAACCCAGAAAGAAAUGCCAGGAUCGCUGGUACGCAUACAUGUACAAUAAUGCUAGUUUUAAGUGAUUGGUAGCUAUUUUGAAAAACUGAUGUUGGGACUUAAUCAACACUCGUGAUGUUUCUGCAAUAGCUUUCGUUUAUUCCUGGCUGAGGUUUUUGCUUCCAAGUUCAAAUCCUGUAAUGAUCUGCUGCAGCUGGAGUGGUACCUUCUAAACGAUUUUGGUUAAGUUCUCUGCUUUGCUGCUCGUGCACCGCAUUUGUUAAAGGGCAUAGCAAAUGGCUGACAAAAGAUAGCAUGACUAUCCCAAAAGCUAUUGUCAAAUCCAUUUGAACCCUAAAAUAUUUUACAAGACUGCUAUCAUGUACAAAUCACGCUCCUCUGGAAACGUUCAACCUACUGCUCCUAUGAAGGAUGCCAGAGAUAACUAGAACCAAGAAACACAUCCUGUUCUUAGUCGUCUUUGUUUUAACUCCAGAAGCACUUCCCUUUAUGUAACAGGCUACGCUUUUGGUUUCUGUGAGGGGAUUAUUCAGCUGCCCUUGUUAAUAUUUAAUAAUGGCUCUAAUCUUUGUACUUGUAGCACGUAGGCAGAUGAAUAAUAACUUCUCAGUGCGUACAGGGCCAUGGUAAAAUCUGUUCUUCCAAAUUGGCCUAGAAGGAAAUUUGUGCUAGAAGAACAAACCAUUCUGUCUCCUUCCCCUCCAUGACAAGUUGCUCCUCCAGGUCUACCGGCAGAGCUUUCCCCACCAGCUUCAAGGCAGGCAAGGAAACAGUACAGCAGUGAACCUGGGAGGGCAGUGAUUAGCCAGCAGUGAAAGGAGAAGGGUGAACUAAAGCAGAACUCAGCUUUUUUCUUCUUUUUUAAGACGACUAAGAUGAUUUAGUAUCUGUACAGCUGGCUGGAAUACAUACAGUUUAUCUGCCAUUUUGAACUCAGUUGAAAAUAGGCAUCGGGGCUUGCAAGCUUCUGAAAGCUUAUUUUUUCAGAAAGAAAAUGUUACCAGCUUGGCUUCUCCAUUCCUUCUUCCUCCCACACACCUCACUCCUUGCAGUUUUUCUCCUGAGAGUACUGUGACCUUCUCUUGAUAUAAAUAUCCAGAAAGUGAAACUAACAGAAGCCCCUAUGAAAGGGAAGAACAUGAAAUAGUUCUGUUGUCCAACUAGAGACAGUUAAUUAUUAGAACAAAAGAGGUUUACCGAUAUAACCAAAGGUAUUACUGAACAUAUGGAACUGGAACUCUGUAUUUUAAUUUGGUGAGAAUUCUGUAGUAGGUACGAGCUGCAUAGAAGUGUGGUUUUGUUGUUGUUUUGGUUUUGUUUUGUUUUUCACAAUUGGGGGGG